CAUUUUUUCCUCCCUGGUCGCUUGACAUUUUUUUUUUGUCGCCGACAUGGUCGACUACCACGCCGCCAACAACCAAUACUCGUCUGGCGGGCCGCAGACCUAUAUGGAGCAGGAGAAUGAUUGGGACCGGGACUUGCUGCUGGACCCGGCAUGGGAGAAACAGCAGAGGAAGACGUUCACAGCGUGGUGCAACUCCCACCUGCGCAAGGCCGGUACACAAAUUGAAAACAUCGAGGAGGACUUCAGGGAUGGACUCAAACUCAUGCUGCUUCUGGAGGUCAUCUCAGGUGAGCGAUUACCCAAGCCAGAGCGAGGCAAGAUGAGGGUUCACAAGAUCAACAACGUCAACAAAGCUCUGGACUUCAUUGCCAGCAAGGGAGUCAAACUGGUCUCCAUUGGCGCAGAGGAAAUUGUGGAUGGAAACGCUAAGAUGACACUGGGAAUGAUCUGGACCAUCAUCCUCCGCUUUGCCAUCCAGGACAUCUCUGUUGAAGAGACGUCGGCUAAGGAGGGUCUUCUGUUGUGGUGCCAGAGGAAGACCGCUCCCUACAAGAAUGUCAAUGUGCAGAACUUCCACAUUAGCUGGAAGGACGGCCUCGCCUUCAACGCUCUGAUCCACAGACACAGACCAGAGCUCAUUGACUACGACAAGCUCAGAAAGGAUGACGCAGUGACCAAUCUGAACAAUGCCUUCGAGGUGGCCGAGAAGUACUUGGACAUCCCCAAAAUGUUGGACGCAGAAGACAUUGUGAACACUGCUCGUCCAGAUGAGAAAGCCAUAAUGACUUAUGUGUCCAGUUUCUACCAUGCCUUCUCUGGAGCUCAGAAGGCUGAGACCGCUGCCAAUCGAAUCUGCAAAGUACUGGCGGUCAACCAGGAGAACGAGCACUUGAUGCAGGAGUACGAGAAACUGGCCAGUGAUCUGCUGGAGUGGAUCCGUCGCACCAUUCCCUGGCUGGAGAACAGAAAUCCGGAGAAGACCAUGUCUGAGAUGCAGCAGAAGCUGGAAGACUUCCGGGACUACCGCCGCGUCCACAAGCCACCAAAGGUCCAGGAGAAAUGUCAGUUGGAGAUCAACUUCAACACGCUACAGACCAAACUCAGACUCGGUGGCAGACCUGCCUUCAUGCCGUCAGAGGGACACAUGGUGGCUGAUAUCAACAGGGCAUGGCACUGUCUGGAGGGUGCAGAGAAGGGUUAUGAGGAGUGGCUCCUCAAUGAGAUCAGACGUCUGGAGAGAUUAGACCACCUGGCUGAAAAGUUCCGCCAGAAGGCCUCCAUCCACGAAUCCUGGACCAGCGGCAAGGAAGCCAUGCUGACUCAGAGAGACUAUGAGACGGCCUCGCUGUCUGAAGUAAAGGCGCUGCUCCGCAAACACGAGGCCUUCGACAGCGACCUGGCCGCCCAUCAGGACCGAGUGGAGCAGAUCGCUGCCAUCGCGCAGGAACUCAAUGAGCUGGACUACUAUGAUGCCCCCAAUGUCAAUGCUCGCUGUGAGAAAAUCUGCAUGCAGUGGGACAGUCUUGGAGAACUCACCCAGAGGCGCAGGGACUCACUUCAGAAAACUGAGAAACUGCUGGAGUCCAUCGAUGAGCUUUACCUGGAGUAUGCCAAACGGGCAGCACCCUUCAACAACUGGAUGGAGGGGGCCAUGGAGGACCUACAGGACAUGUUUAUUGUCCACAACAUUGAAGAGAUCCAGAGCCUGAUACGUGCCCACGAGCAGUUCAAGUCUACCCUGCCUGAAGCCAACAAGGAGCGCGAGGCCAUCCAGGCCAUCCACAGUGAGGUCCAGAAGAUCGCCCAGCACAAUGGCAUCAAGCUGAGUGGAACCAACCAGUACACCACCAUCACGCCACAGAGCAUUGACAGCAAGUGGGAUCAGGCGGAGAAACUGGUACCUCAGCGUGACCGGGCCCUGCAGGAGGAGCUUCGCAAGCAGCAGUCCAACGACGAGCUGAGACGCAACUUUGCCGAGCAAGCCAACGUGGUCGGACCCUGGAUACAAAACAAGAUGGAGGAAAUUGGCACGAUAUCCAUCGAGAUGAUCGGCACUCUGGAGGACCAACUGACCAACCUGAAAGAGUACGAGCGCAGCAUCGUUGACUACAAGCCCAACAUCGACCAGUUGGAGGGUGUCCACAAGCUCAUCCAGGAGGCCCUCAUCUUUGACAAUACAUACACACCCUACUCCAUGGAGCACAUCCGCGUGGGUUGGGAGCAGCUGCUCACCACCAUCGCCAGAACGAUCAACGAGAUUGAGAACCAGAUCCUGACACGUGAUGCCAAGGGAAUCAGCCAGGAGGAGCUGUACGAGUACCGUGCCUCCUUCAACCACUUUGACAAGGACCACAGCGGGGCCCUAAUGGCCGAGGAGUUCAAGGCCUGUUUGAUCAGUUUGGGCUACGACGUGGAGAACAACAAGCAGGGCGACGCGGAGUUUGCCCGCAUCAUGGGCAUCGUGGACCCCAACAACACAGGCACCGUCACCUUCCAGGCCUUCAUUGACUUCAUGUCUCGGGAAACAACAGACACGGACACCGCAGACCAGGUCAUCGCCUCCUUCAAGAUACUGGCCGCGGAUAAGAACUUCAUCACUGCCGACGAGCUAAGGCGGGAGCUGCCGCCUGACCAGGCUGAGUACUGCAUCGCCAGGAUGGCGCCCUACUCGGGGCCCGACGCCGUCCCAGGCGCCCUCGACUACAUGUCCUUCUCCACCGCCCUGUACGGCGAGAGUGACCUGUAAAGGCCGAGUGGGGACGGAAUACGGAGGGGCAUCGGGGGAAAUCGAAGGGGGGAGUCAGGAAUUAAGUUGACUGUGAGGUGCCCCCACCCCCACGUGUGCCGAUUUGAAAGUCUUUGAGUGUGUCGAGUGAAGUGUAGUUGAUGGAAAGCCUUUUAUUCGAUAUCCUUGGGCUCCAGCCGAAGGUCCAUUUACUAAUACACUCUUUGUCCUCUCUAGUAAGACUAUGCAUUGCGCUCGUACAAUGAGUGUGUAUCUUUUUUUUUUUUUUUUUUUUUUUUUUUUUUUUUUUUUUUUCUUCACGGCAUUGCCACUUUGGGCCCUCGAGUACUCAAACCCUGAAAGUAAAUCAUGGAAAGCCGUGAAGCUUUCCUUCAGUGUUUUUUAUCUAUCUAAAGGUUCAUUUACUAGUACGCUCUUUGUAAGUGCACUAGUAGAAGGCCCUGGAACACCAUUAAGAAGACUGUGUCUUAUAAGUAUCGUCCCCCCACAACUACUGUAUAGACAAUUUUGCUACAUUAGACCUUACUACCGGUAGUAAAUAAUGAUCAGUCAUUUAGUCGAUAUCCUUGCAAUCCACCGCGAAGGUGUGCGAACGAGUAAAACAAUUCAAGGCACAAGUACAACAUCUCGGGCACAAUUGUGGAAUAACUGCCUUUUUAUUGUUUUUGGUUUUUUUUCAUUACUACUAGAGCCAUAUUUGGCCCACUAGUAAACAAUUAAGCCUUACUAGUAAGCAGUGUGUUUGUGUUUAUUCGAUAGCCUUGAUCAUCUAGCUUGAAGCCCAUGGUCGAGUUAAGCAAUUCAGGGCACUAGUAGUAUGACAGUCUUACUGGUAAUGUUUUUUUUUUUUUCCACGAGUAGGAAAGCAUUGGCAUACCGGUAGUAUCGCCACGUUACUUAUGAGGCAAAAAAAAAAUGCACAUCAUGUUGCUGUACUAUUAUGUUAAAAGUUGCCGUACGAGUGUGUCAUUCAAAUCGUCUUGCUAGUCAGGACAAUAUGCAUACUAGUCGAUGGCCCUUGAAAGCCAUUUGAGCAUUUAUUUAUGUCUCCUUGGAAAAAAAAAAAACAACCCCACCCCCCAAAAAUUUCACUCUCAAGUCGUUCUACUAGUGUGUGCUGAAUGGUCUUACUAAUGAGGACAGAGCUAGUACUUGGACCUUCAGCUGGAUAUCAAGGAUAUGGAACAAACGCUCCAUCGGCUUCUCAUAGUAGUUAGACUUCCUUCCUUGAUGUUUAGGGGUUGGGGGGAAGUGCGCUUGUUAACUUCACCCACUCUGCCUUUUUUUUUUUGAGGGGGGGGGCGACAAAGAAGGGAGGAGAGCUAAUCUUGAUACUUAUGCUAAAUUUAUUUUAUUACGAUUUUGGCGAGGGGGUACUUGGGUUCCGAAGGGGAGGGGGGGGGGUCACUUGAUUGCCGAUGUUUGUGUAUUAGAUCAGAGUUAUAUGCUGAGGCGUCCGGAAUGGCUAGGAGAGAAGGGGCGGAAUUUAGGGGGGGAUGUCGAUCAACCAGAAAUGAAACCACAUAUUUACCCAGAAUGCCCUUUGUUGCUGGAUAAGGUGACCAAUCAUUUUUCCCUUUUUUUUUCUUGAUUUGCCAGAGUGAGUGCAGGGUGCUGUCAGGAAUAUUUGCUUUUCUUCCUUUGCACGACGAGUAAUAGCAAAAAAAAAAGGGGGGGGGGGUAGGUUUUGCCCCAAUCAGUAAUUGCCGCUAUUAUCGUUUUCGCCAAUCCAUGCACAAUGUUGCAGAGUUUCUUCCUGGUCUGUGUCCUCAGCACCAUCGUCUCUUUUCCGUGCUUUCCACUUUCUCUCAUCUCUCCAUUCUCACCCGUCUUCAAUUAUAACAAAAAUUGACCAAAAGGAAAGAAAAAAAAAUCUAUGCAAUACUAAUGAGAUGAUUUGGGGGAGGGGGUGUCUAAAUUGAUGGCAUUUUUUUUUUCUUGCUUUUUUGUUUUUUCCCAAAACAGGGGCACAUAUUAGGGGAGGGUAAAGACAGCAAGUCGCGUGCAAAAAGACUCCAGGACCAAAAGCUUCUCUCUCUCCUUGCUUUUUUCUUUGCUUUUUUUCCACCUGGCAGGAGAGAAAUGAACUCUGGAAAUUGUGAUUUUUUUUUUCACUUUUUUUUGUACUCUUCAAUAAUAAGGAACCUUAUCUGCUGUACUGGAAACUGCAAAAAGGCUUUUUUUCCCCCCUGUCUAACCAUGAUGAUGAUGAGUGACGCUCACCAAGCACACAUAAAGUUUCCUUACAAAAAAUGAA